AUGACUUCAUCACAAGUCGUAGUCAACGAGUUGUUGGCAUUUAUUCAAAAUGCCACCGUGACUUUGGAUGAGACCAGCAUCGUGCAGAUCUGCAAGUCCAGCUUCCAGGAGGAGGACAUAUGUAGUGGCAAGGCGCUGCUCUACCAGACGCUCGGCAAAGCCGACGAAAUGCCAUCACGACGAAGAGAUGGAGGCGUGAAGAGUCUACGGGACAUCAUCUCGGUGUUCAAGGGGACCGAUUCAUCAAACAUGCCCUCUUUCGUGGCGAAGGACCUACAUCGGCUACCUGUCGUCUCGUUGGACCAUGUUGACGUUUCCAGGCUGCUAAAGGAUAUCAUUUUCCUGAAGGACAGUCUGGCUGAAAUGCAGGCUAAGUUGGAGGUAUCGAAUAAUACCAUCAGUGAACUACGUUCUGAAUUAGCGUUAAUACGAAGUGCUAGUUCGGAAUGUAGGUCAGAUAACUCUAGCAUAGCCGUGUGUCACGUUGCGCGGAAUGCGUCCAUCGGCGGUUUCGAGUCCGCGAAUUUGGAUGCGUCGGCGAUUGCUGAGCAGGCGACCGCCGACCCGCGCCCCGCCGCCCGCCCGUCUACGUCACCGGAGACGCGCACGUCACGCGAGAGUACGUUGACCCCACAACGUUCCUACGCUGCCACUGCCGCUAAGCCGCCUGCUGUGUCCAAGUCUAAGCAGCGGCCGAAGAAAGGGGUGCAGAGCCUUCGUGAACCUGUUCACAAGGAUCGGUCACAGCUGACUCUAAAAGAGUCGGGAUGCGACAGAGAUGGCUUCAAAAAGGUGGAGAGGAGAAAGAAGUCAGCUCGUCCGAAUCAGUGCGGUACCGCACCGACUGGACCUAACCAUUUGCUGCGUCCUGCAACACCGACGACGCUGCUUUUGGGAAAUCAGCCCUAA